CAUUUCUGAACAUGCACUUGAAAGACUUUCCAAUUCCUCUCCCUGUGAUAUUAUUUUUAUUUGGAUGUGGUUUUGAAAUAUUAAGUUUUGCAUCGUACCAGAUCCAAGCUUAUGCAAAUGCCAUUCAAUGGAUGAGUCCAAAAUUAUUUUUUGGUAUAUUUACACCAAUAAUUAUCUUUAAUGUUGCAUUUGACAUGGACGUAUACAUGCUCCACAAGUUGAUUUGGCAGAUAAUUUUGAUUACAAUUCCUGGCUUUCUUUUAAAUUAUACCUUAAUCCUUUGGUACCUGUCAUCUGUGAAUAAAUUACCUUUGAAGAUCAUCCCCUCGUUAUUAUUUUCAAUUAUCCUUUAUAGUUCAGAUCCCAUGCUGACUGCAGCUGCUAUAAGAGACCUUGGUCUUUCCAGAUCCCUUGCCAAUUUAAUUAAUGGGGAAAGUCUGAUGACCUCCAUUAUAUCUUUAAUGUUAUUUUCUAUUAUUUUGAAAAUGAAUAUAAACAUGCAAGAGAGAGUGAACUAUUCCUUAGCCAGUGAAAUUGUGGAUGCCAUUAAAUCACAUUUUUUAGCAAGUUUUGUGACUGGAAUGAUAAGUUCAAAGAUGAUCCAGUUGUGGAUGGCAACUAUUUUUGGUGAUGACGUCAAUCAUAUAAGUCUCAGCUUUUCAAUUUUGUAUCUCGUCUUUUAUAUUUGUGAGUUAAUUGGAAUGUCUGGAAUAUUUACUCUUGCCAUUAUGGGACUUUUUUUAAAUUCUACAAGUUUUAAACCAGGAGUUGAAGCACUUCUUGUCGAAUUCUGGAAUUGUUUAUCAUUUGUUUCAUUUCUUAUGGUGUUUACUUUCAUUGGUCUUCUAAUUCCUGCACAAACAUAUUUAUAUAUAUCAUUUUCUGAUAUAUACUUUUCACUAAAUAUGUACUUCACACUGAUGGUCUUAAGACUUCUGGUCAUUCUAUUAAUGAGCCCCCUUUUGUCUCGACUUGGUCAUGGGUUCAGCUGGCGCUGGGCAUUCAUAAUGGCCUUGAGUGAAAUGAGAGGGACACCUAAUAUAAACAUGGCCCUUCUACUUGCCUAUGACUCUUCCACUGGAACUGAGAGGGAAAAAUCACAAAUGUUAUUUCAUGGAGUGUCAGUAUGUUUCAUUACCUUGAUUUUCAAUAAAUUCAUUUUGCCACUGGCAGUUACUAAACUAGGUCUUCGUGAUGUCACAUCAACAAAAUAUAAAUCACUUUAUUAUACAUAUAAACACUUUCAAGAGCUAACGAAAUCUAUAGCCUCUACACUCAAAUUUGACAAAGAUCUUGCUAAUGCUGAUUGGAACAUUGUUGAGAAAGCAAUUAUACUUCAAAACCCAUAUGCGGCAAGCCAAGAAGAAACAACAGGCCAUCAAGUGGUGAAGUGUCCAGACUGUAACAAGGAAAUAGAUGAGACCCUUAACAUUGAAGCAAUGGAGCUGGCCAACAGACGUCUUUUGUCAGCACAAAUAGCGAGCUAUCAGAGGCAAUACAAGAAUGAGACUCUGACCCAGAGUGCUGUCCAGUUGUUGGUAGGUGCAGCAGGAAGCUUUGGUGAGAAGAAGGGAGAAUAUAUGAGUCCUGAGACAAUAAAGAAUUACUCUGAAAGUAAAAAAUCACUUUCCGUUAUGAGAAAACUACUGCUCAAUUGGGUAUACAAUACUAGAAGGGAAAAGGGGGUCCCAUCAAGACAUUCUUUGCUUCGUCUAUUCCAUAAAAUAGUAUUUACUGAUGAAUUUGAAUAUGUCGGAUACCUUAUGAUACUAAUGAAUCUGUUUCCUAUCAUAAUUACUUGGAUACCUGUUUUAAAUAAAAUUUAUAAGAAAGAAUUAAGUCAAGUUAACUACUUUUUUCUUGGAUUUUAUAUUCUGGAGGCCCUACUUAAGAUGGCAGCUAUGAGGAAGGAAUAUUUUUUACAUACCUGGAACCUAUUUGAGUUAGCAAUUACAUUUGUUGGUAUCAUAGAUGAAGCAGUUGUUAAUACAGAGCACAAUAAACAUCAAUUUAGUGUCAUUAAAGCAAUGGUCUUCAUAAAAAUUAUUCGACUGUUUCGUUUACUACGCAUUUUGAAGCUUGUAACACCAAAGUUGCUGCAGCUAAUAGACAAAAGAAUGAGUCAACAGCUGUCCUUUAGGUAUGCUAUACUAAAAGGAUAUGUCCAAGGUGAAGCAGAUAUAAUGACUAUAAUUGAUCAAAUUUCAAAUUCUAAACAGGUUAAACAGAUGUUAUUAAAGCGGGUAACAAGAAAUACGGGACGUGCUAUGAAAGAGCUAGGCUACUUAGAGUAUGAUCAUCCACAAAUUGCCAUCACUAUGAAAACAAAGGAACAGAUUAAUGUCAUGCUCAAUAUAGCUAGAGAAAUUGUGAAGGUUUUCAGGUUAAAAGGAAUUAUUCAUAAAAUUGAAGGUUCUGAAAUUAAUAAGUUAAUCAUGGCCAAAAAAAGAGAGAUGCUUGAUUUCCAGCCAAUGAUCAGGCCUCUUACUAUUGAAGAAGCACUGUAUCAUAUUCCGUGGCUAGAUAAAGACCAAGAUCAUAUAGGCUUCAUUCAGGAAAGAGUCACAGUUGUAACAUUUGAUUGUGGAAAUGAUGUAUUUGAAGAGGGUGAUGAGCCCAGAGGAAUCUAUAUAAUUAUUUCAGGCAUGGUAAAGCUUCAAAGAUCAAAGCCAGGUUUGGGUAAUGACCAAACACUCUGGGAGUCAGAGGAGAAAGAUUUUCAGAUAACUCACACGGACUAUUUGAUCAGUGGGGAAAUAAUAGGAGAGUUAAACUGCUUAACCAAUGAACCCAUGAAAUAUUCUGCCACCUGCAAAACUGUAGUGGAGACAUGUUUUAUUUCCAGAAAGCAUUUGUUUGAAGCUUUUAAACAAUGCUGUCCUCUCAUAGAAUAUAAAAUGUGGCUAAAAAUUGGACUUUCUAUUACUGCCAAAAAAGUCAGGGAAAAUUUAUCUUAUGAGGAUUGGAACUACAAAAUGCAAUUACAACUCUGUAACAUUUAUGUAAAAGAUAUACCAAUGAACACCAAAACUGAUGUUUAUGAUGAGGCAGUCAUCUAUGUUAUUCUCAUACAUGGAGCUGUAGAAGAUUGUCAGUUACGGAAAGCUUAUAGGGCACCUUCUUUAAUUCCUAUUACAUGCCAUCAGAUACAAGGCACUGAAAAUUUCACAAAAAUAAUGAUUCUUCAAACUCCAGUUGAUGUGAAAAAAUUCAGAUGGAAUACUAAAAAGUAUGUCCCUUCAUGUAAACAUUCUCUUGCAUCGCAAUCAUUAGGUGAGUUUUGUUUCUUUGAACAAUUUUGGAAACUUCCUUUCCCUUCAUAAAAUACAUGUAAAAACAUGCGCAUUUGG